AGGCUCUUCCCCGCGGACCGUCCGCCGCCGCCUGGGGAGCGCCGCGCCCGCCGGGGACACGGGCGACACCGGGAGCCCCGAGCAGAGCGGGAGCGGAGCCGCCGCCGAGCCGCCGCCCCGCUCCCCGCCCGGCGGCAUGAGCACCUGCGAGGCCAAGGACUACCUGGCCCGGAGGGAGAUCCCGCAGCUCUUCGAGAGUUUGCUGAAUGGACUGAUCUGUUACAAACCCGAUGACCCAGUAGAAUUUUUGGAAAGCUGUUUACAGAAAGUGAAAGAAUUGGGAGGAUCAGAGAAAGUGAAAUGGGACACUUUUGUUAGUCAAGAGAAGAGGACACUACCCCCACUUAAUGGAGGGCAAUCCAGAAGAUCGUUUUUUAGAAAUGUGAUGCCUGACAAUCCUAAUUUUCCAUAUCGACGCUAUGAUCGACUCCCUCCCAUCCAUCAGUUCUCCAUAGAAAGUGACACAGACCUCUCUGAAACUGCUGAGUUAAUUGAGGAGUAUGAGGUAUUUGAUCCUACAAGACCUCGACCAAAAAUCAUCCUUGUCAUAGGUGGCCCAGGAAGUGGGAAAGGAACACAAAGUCUGAAAAUAGCAGAACGUUAUGGAUUUGAAUACAUAUCGGUUGGUGAAUUAUUAAGGAAGAAGAUCCAUAACACAAGCAGCAAUAGAAAAUGGAGCCUAAUUGCUAAAAUAAUUACCACUGGAGAACUGGCCCCACAGGAAACAACUAUAACUGAGAUAAAACAGAGAUUAAUGCAGAUCCCUGAUGAAGAAGGUAUUGUUAUUGAUGGAUUUCCAAGAGAUGUUGCCCAGGCAAUCUCAUUUGAGGACCAGAUUUGCACCCCAGAUCUGGUGGUGUUUUUGGCCUGUUCCAACCAGCGGCUGAAAGAAAGGUUAUUGAAACGUGCUGAACAGCAGGGGAGACCUGAUGAUAACCUCAAAGCCACCCAGAGGCGAUUAACGAAUUUCAAACAGAACGCUGUCCCAUUGGUCAAGUAUUUCCAGGAAAAGGGGCUAAUCAUCACAUUUGAUGCAGAUAGAGAUGAAGAGGAAGUGUUCUAUGACAUAAGUUUGGCUGUCGACAAUAAGAUAUUUACUCACAAAGAGGCCGUGGCAGGGUCAAAUGAACUCGAUCGCAGUCUGAUUAUGGAUUCUGGAGAUAUGCUUGAUACUGAAUUUGACUUUGAAGAUCAGGCAGACGACCAGUCAAGUUUCUCUGGAUAUGAGACUACAGGAGGUUUUACAGGAGAUUUGAGGCAAUCGACCAUCAUUUUUGUAAUUGGUGGCCCGGGCUCUGGAAAAGGAACCCAGUGUGAACAGUUAGCACAAAAGUAUGGAUUUGUACAUCUGUCCAUUCGUGAUCUUCUCAAACGAGAAUCAUCCUCAUUAUCAGAGAGGAGCAAAUUGAUCAAAGACAUCCUGGAAUGUGGGGAGCAGGUGCCUGGAGAUAUUAUUUUGGAGCUAAUGAAGGAAGCUAUGAUGGCCAGUUUAGGAGAGACAAAAGGAUUUCUGAUUGAUGGCUAUCCCCAAGAGGUGAAACAAGCAGUAGAGUUUGAAGAAAUGGUUGGGGAGCCAAAACUUGUGCUCUGCAUGGACUGCUCCGCUGAGACCAUGAGCAGUCGCCUUUUGACAAAAAGUCAGAGCUGUGAGUGCUUUGAUGAUAAUGCUGAAACUAUCCGGCAGCAAAUUGAAAUAUAUUACCAAGCAACAGAGCCUGUGAUUGCAUAUUAUGAAAAGAAGACACAGUUAUGCAAGAUAAAUGCCGAAGGAACACCAGAGGAGGUUUUUCUUCAAGCCUGCACAUCGGUUGAUCUUUUUCUGAAAAAGGAAGAAGCAGCCUCUUCUUUUUCAGCAGAAAUACAGUAAUGGUGUACAGCAUUUCAUUUCACAUGUGCACUUGACAGUUCUGACUAAAAUGCUGUUCAAAGCAAUACCUGCUGUCAUGAGAAGUAUCUGGAAUUAGUGCAUGUGCUAUUUAAUGUGAUUUCGAAGGCUUUAUUUUAUCCAUAUGUAUACAGUAAACUAAAUAUAAAAUGGUAUCUAUGCUAAAACAAUACAAAGUACUGUAUAUUGUAUAUCAACUUGUUUGCACUUCACAGGUUUAAAACAGCAUGGUGAACAGCAGGUCCAGUUUAUAUUCACGCCUUCAUGUAUUUGGCUAUAAUCAGGUGUUGCAGUUAAUGUUGAGCUCCUUCAACUUAACCAAGUCAGUUGCCACAUGAAACUGGAGGGUUGUUACAUAACAAUACUCAUCCCGUUUUUCCCCCUUAAUUAAUUAGUGCUUUUCAUUUCUGUGCUAACACUUAGCUUGUUCUUAAUUCAUAGUUGUUGAAUUUAUUCCUUGCCAUUUUGCUUAAUGCCGGAACAUACCUGCAAUUUGUCAAAAUAAUUUAUACAGAGCUAUGAAACUGAACACAUUUUUGACACUUCCCAAAAAUACUGUAAAUGCAGUGAGCAAAAAACAAACUGAAUGUGAAGAAAUUAGCUAAUACUGUAUAGGUCUGUCCAUCUGUUGCCAUGGAGCAGACAUAACAACUAAAAAAAGCUUUGCCUUGCUGUUAGUUUUCAGCACAUUGUAACAAUGAUUUUCUAAUUAUAUGCGUGUGGCGGGGGAGGGGGGCAGUAAAUACAGUGACUGAAAAUACUGGUGCAAUUCAAAGUGCAAGCAGAUGAUUUCCAUGCUAUUAACGGUAGUUUUCAUUGUGAAAAAUUAGAUAUUGAUUAAUAGCCAGAAUGUACGAAAGUUAAGCAAUUUAAUCAUUAAAUCAUACUCUGGAAGUUUUUCAAGCACAAGUUCAGUUGCAGAUCAUCAUCUGUUGUCUUUUAGCAGCAUUGCCAAAGCUUGAAAGUGACAGGCCAAAAAUAUAUAUAAUAAAAAGACAGAAAAAACGUCGGAGAUUGUGCAACUUGCAACAUAUCCUAUAUUUAACAACCCACUUUUCCAAAAUAUCUGCACAAAAUUGUGAAACCCUAUUUUACAUCCAUUUAGUUAAAAUAUUUUUUAUGCCACAGACAGCCAAAUAAAAGCUUAUUUGACAUUUUUGUGAAGUAAUUGCAUCUUCCUACUAGACCACUGGACUAGUCCACAGUUAGAAGUGAUUGCAUGACUGAUCUUUCUGUUGACAGUUGUACUUUAAAUGAGUAUUUAUGGGACAGAUUUGUAUUUUUGAAGUUACUUUUCUUGUAAUGAAGACAUAAUACAAAAUAAAAUGAAUGGACAAACAUAAAGAGAAGUAUUCUGUUGCAGUGCAUAUAAGUUUAGUUUAGCUGAAAGUACAAUAAGACAUAUUGCUGUAAAGUAUAAUAAAUGAAAUUAAUAAGUUAAACAAACAUGAUUUUUUUUACUCAGAGAAGCUUCUCCUGUUUUCGUUUUACUUCUACUACAGUGAAUGGUUCAAAUAUUUACUAAAGACAGCUUUAGACUUGCUCUCGUCUUUUAAUUGUGGAUGCCCUUGCUUUCUUGGUUUUUUUUUUUGUGGGUUUUGUUUUUUGUAUGUUUUUUUUACACAAGUUAACCUUUACUGCUGACACCAAGCAAAAUGCUAGACAGACAGACAUCAUACUCUGCUAGUUAGUUCAAUGUCUAACAAACCACUUUUUGAAAAAAGAGUUAUCUUCAGAAUGCAACCAAUCUCCAUCCAUUCAAAGAUCCUUUCAGCUUGCACCAGUGCCAAUUCUCUUAUGCUAUUUCUCCAUUAAUUAAAAUAGUCUGAAAUAAUCAUGAGGAUACGAAUUAUUCUGAGCAGAACCACAUCUAGAUAUUUCCAGUAAUUUUACGGGCUAUUUCUGAUUAGAAUGAUCAUUCAAAUUUAUGGAAUGGAUUGUUUCCAUUUCCAAAGAAGAGUGGCAAAAGUCAAUUGUCAAUUUUUAAUUCUAGAAGUCAAUUACAAUUUUAGUUAGUCCCCUUCAAGCUUAUUAAUGUAACAAAAACUACAUACACAUGUGAUAUAAUUUUUUUCAUUCAAGAAUUAUGAUCAAUUGGAACAUGUUAAAAGCUCAUCAGAAAACAAGGAUACCACCACAGAUUUUGUCUCUGGUAUUCACUGCUCCAAAAAGCUGCUUCUUUACCAAGGGAGCGACUUCUGGAGAAGGGUGAUCUCUUCUGUGCUUUUACAGAAGAGUGUCUGUCUCACAACAAAUCUAUUUUGUUUGUCAUUAAAAAGUGAAAUACAUCUGGUGAAUUUUUAUAUUAUAUUUCUUUAGGUUUAUUAAAUUUCUCAAAGUAUAUGAGAUGCU